AUGGGUAAAGGCUCUCUUCUGCCCAUCUUGGGCCUCGCACUCGCCGGCUUGCUCGCUGGUGCCGCAUCCGAAUACACUGCUUUCUUCCUCACCAAGGAUGGCUCCUUCCGCGCCACUGUCGAAGCGUGCAAUCUUCCGGCUCGACAAAAGCUCAAGACCGAUCUGACCCACGGCGCAGCUCCGCUCCUCGAUAACACGCUUUGUGCCACCAUGGGCUUCUUCAAGCUGAGCAUGCAGAAGCGACUCAACGUCGGUCUCUUUGCCAUCAUGAUUGCCUUCACCCUGCCUCUCUCCUACCGACUCUGCUUCCAGGCCGUCUCGCCGAACCGCAAGUCGACCUUCAACGCCGGCAUCUUCCUCGUCCUGCUCAACACCGUCGGUGCUGCGCUGGGCCUCGGACCCUGGUCGUGCAUCUUCUUCUCGCUCGUCUACCUUCCCGCGGCGUACAGCUCCAUGAAGACCUCCAAGGCGUCCGUCCUCCCCGUCCCCACACCCGCAUGGAACAUCUACGUCGCCAACCUGCUUCACGUCGGCAUUGGCGCCGUCGCAGCCAUCACGGUCUUUGGCGACUCGGCCAGCGCGCUCUGGCACCACGCUGCGCUCCUGAUCCAAUUCGCCGGUCUCGCCUACCUCCCCAUCGCAUGGGUGAGCUUCCGCACGCCCAAGGUGAACGACGAGGCCAAAUCCCGCAGUAUCAUCCGUCGCUUCGACGCUGAGGGGGUCAGUUACGCCUUCGAACGCACUUGGUCGUACUACCGCAAGAUGGCGGCGUUUUCCACGGUGAUCUACUGGUACGGGCUCAACCGUGUCAUCCGCGGCGUCUUCUUCCAGGGUGAGACGUUGGAUGCUGUAUCGUUCUUCUGGUUUGGAGACAUUGCCGGUGCUGUGGCAGCGACAGUGUUGCUGGUGGUGGCGGAGAAGACGACGUUUAGGAGCAAGGCGGCGAUUCAUCCGGUGACGGGAGAACCAAGGUCGCCGUUGGAGAUCGAGUGCGAUAAAGCCAUCGCAAAGGCGCCGGCGGGUUCGCCGUGGUUGGAGAAGACGACGAUGGGUUUCAUUGUGGCGAGUCUCGUCGGUGGGCCUGGGUUUGCCGCCAGCAUGUGGUGGUGCAGCGGCGAGGAGGAGUUGGGUUGGAAGGCGCGCAAGUCGUGGAGGGAGACCGUGGCUGUCGAGGGUAAGAAGACCAAGUAA